CAUUUGUCCCCCCCUUCCUCCUCGUCUCUCUAACCACUGCUUUAAUUCAAACGGACCAAACACUUCUCUUUCUCACUUUCUCUCUCUUAAUUUAAAGCUCUAACCCACACAUUCUGUGACUCUUCUUUGCUUUUCUUCCAUUUCUAGCAAACUGGGUUUUUUGUUUGCUACACUUUCAAUCAUUUCUCAUGAGAAUUUGCUAACUUUUAUUCCCAGCAGAUAGCCAGAUUCUGGACAACUUCCUCUUCUAGUCCAGUCGUGCAGAGCUGAAGACAUGCCAUUAUUGAAGCCACCUGAAGGGCCUCAAAGGCCAUCAUCAACGAUAAGAGGUUCACGACAUGUUAGGACCUCGAGCUCCGAUUCUGAUCCACUCCAUCGUUCAAUCACAGAUAGGACCCCAAGGCUUAGCGACCAUCGAUCCCCGAGGGGCACUCAGUCAGACCCGUUAAACCAGAAAAAACUCGGUACUCGAAUCAUGGAUCUAGAAACUCAACUGGGACUAGCUCAGCAUGAGCUUAAGAGUCUGAAACACCAGUUAUCUUCUGCUGAAGCUGAAAGAAAGCAUGCCCAAGAAGAAUUGCAUAAGAGGGGCAGCAAGAAAGAGGCCACAGUUAGAAAAGCUGUUCGGCGAGUAAAGCCUACUCCUGUUGCAGAAACCCGAAAGAGAAACUCAAGGGACAAGCCUGGAGAUGAUGCUCCUGAAGAAAUUCAUCGAGAAACUGAUGUUUUUGAGGUCCCGGUGGAGAAAAUGUUAGUUGAGUCCAAGGCUGAACUGAGCCACUGUUCUGUCGAGGAUUUGAAAGACACCAAGUCACUAGAUUCUUCAAUAUCAGAACCUGAAAAGCCUCCAUUGUGUGUUGAAGAUGAAGCAGACUCGAAGAGCGAGGAGAUAGAUCAAAUGAGAGCCGUGUUGGAAGAGAAAGUCAAGGAACUACAGGUGGUAAUUGAAGAAAAUGAGACCCUGAAGAAACAACUAAAUGAAGCAAAAUCAGAGAUAGCCUUGGCUUGUAGCAGGGAAGAAGAGAUGGCGCUAAAAGUGGAUCAACUAGGGCAAGAUUUAGAAAUGAGCAAAGCAAAAGAAGCUCAUUUAAAGGAGAAGCUAGUUGAUACAGAAGCAGUAAAAGAGUUGUUGGAGAUUGAGAUGAAUAAGAUGAAGGUGCAAACCGAGCAAUGGAGGAAGGCGGCAGAUGCUGCUGCUUCUGUGCUUGCUGGUGGGGUAGACAUGAAAGGGCGUAUCUCGGAGAGAUGUGCUUCCAUGGAUAAUCACUUCAACAGCAUUUUUGAGCCGCCACCCAUCACUGGAUUCGGUGGGUAUCCUGUAUCACCAGGCGCAGGUGAUGAUCCAGAUGACAGUUAUGGGGGCGGAAAGAAGAAGGGUUCAGGAAUUAGGAUGUUGGGGGACUUAUGGAAAAAGAAGGGACACAAAUGAAUUUAUUGAUGAAUUGUGAGCUAUUCAUGUCAGCUUUGUGAAUGUUGCCGUGUUUUGUGCAGAAAAAUGGUUGCUUACCAUUUCGUAGGUGCUUCAUUGUAGUUACAGUCAGGAGUACUAAUUAAAAUGAGAUUGUUUGCCUUUGUAAUAGCUUUAAGACUAUGACUUAGAUAUCACUGUAUUUUUAUCGCAUGGAAGAUGGUUGGUCCUGCAAA